AUGUUAGAACUUACAGAAAAGAAAAAAGUUACCAGUUUCAAAAUGCUUCCCAAAAUUCCUGUUGUAGAUUUAUCAAAGGAAGACUUGAAGCCUGGAAGUGGUUCUUGGCUUUUAGCAUGCAAUCAAGUUUGUCAUGCACUUGAAGAGUAUGGCUGCUUUGUGGCAGUGUACAAUAAAUUUUCUGUUAUGCUAAAAAUUAGAACUCAAUCUACCAAAAGAAACAUCAAACACAUUCCAAAGAAUCUAAAUCACACACCAAAGGAGCAAGAACACACAAUCAAGAACACCAAGGAUUUUACCAUGCCAUUAGAUUUCUUUAACGAGCAAAUGCCAAGAUUAAAACUUCUACUUCCUCAAACGUCACUAGUCUUUGAAUCAACCAAAGAGUUGUUUGAUCUUCCUUUAGAAAUCAAAAUACUAAACGAUAACAAGAAGCCUUAUCGAGGCUAUAUCGGGAAAAGCCCUCAUUUUCCUCUUCAUGAAGCUAUGCGAAUAGAUAAUGUAACCACUUUUGAAGAAACCCAAAAGCUUACAAAACUCAUGUGGCCCAACGAAAACGAUCCUUUCAGCGAAAUUGUCCACUCAUACUCAAAGUUAGUGGAAGAGUUGAAUGAGCUGGUAAUACGAAUGGUUUUUGAAUGCUAUGGUGUUGAGGAGUACUGCAAUUCCCAUAUUAAAUCAACAAGUUACCAUCUUAGAUUAUUGAAAUAUGAAGAGCCUAGGUUUGUCUGCCUCUCCUCUUAUGGCCCUGAAAAGUUGAGAGUUUAUUCCUUGCUAGGUUUCAUGUAUGCUUUAAUGCUUAAAUCAUUUUGUUCAUCUUUGUUUAUUGUUUAUUGCUGCUGGAACUUGCAUGGUUCCUACACUAAGAGCUUGAAAAGCAUUCAAGCCGUGGAAGCUGGAGGUGUUCUUCGGCGAGUGAAGCUUGGGUGGAGCUCAAGCGUUGUCCGGGAGUGUUUCUGGUGUGCAUAUUGUAGUCAACUGGUUCUUCCUCCUCACGAAGAUAUAACUUUCACCAGCAUAUUACAUCAAAACCAUGUUAAGGGUUUGGAGAUAAAAUCAAAAAAUGGCGAGUGGAUCGGUUGUGAGCCCCACCCUUCAUCCUUUAUUGUGAUGGCCGGCGAUGCAUUCACGGUGUGGAGCAAUGACAGAAUACGGUCGUGUACUUAUCGGGUAAUCAUGGGUGGAAAUGAAGACAUAUAUUCAAUUGGGUUGUUUACUUUCCACGUUGGGACAAUAAAUAUUCCUGAAAAGUUAGUGGAUGAUGAACAUCCCUUACAGUAUAAGCCAUUUAAUCAUCUAGAUUAUGUUAAUUACUAUUAUUCAAACAAGGGUUCAAAACCAAACCAGUGUCAUUACAAAGCCUACAGUGGUACCACCNUAAUCGUUAUCCUUAAAUAA